GCUGUGCUUGUAAGGUUAUUUGUAAACAUGGAGGGUAAUACGCGGUCAAUGUUUCUGUUGUUGGUUUCAUUUUUGUUACAAACUUUCGCAUUUAUGCAGCUGCUUUUGACAGAGAGACAACGUGAUAGACGACUACAAACAAAAAUACUUAAUUAUAGGAGAAAAAAUUUUGUCGCUUGCAUCCGAAGGCAGAGGCGAUACCUGCAGCUAAAAAAAAACAGUUAUGUUUACUCAUAUGGCUACACAGAAGUCUGUGCGACGGACAUGGGCCAUUCCGCGUAUACAUGGGAAAGUGUUUUGAACAAUUUUGAUGAAUAUAUGUGGACGGAACACUUUCGCAUGUUGAGAGAUACGUUUGAGUAUGUGCUGCAGCUUGUGAGACCCUCUUAUUUGCUACGAAAAACUACCGGCUGGCGAAAACCGCUGGAACCCCGACUGAGACUCGCAGUUGUGUUGUGGUGGUACGCUACCCCAAGUGAAUACAGGACCAUAUCCUGUUUAUUUGGCCUUGGAAUAUCAACAGUCUGCAUGCUUGUUCGUCAGGUAACAUAUGCUCUGAAGGCGACCCUUUGCAAGCGGUUUAUAUGCAUGCCUCAAGGCCAGCAUCUCCAAAAAACCAUUGAUGGUUUUGUUGCCCGUGGCUACAAGAUGUGUGCAGGUGCCAUUGAUGGAUGCCACAUACCAAUAAUAAAACUUCAUGAGGACCAGGCUUACUGCAACCGUAAAGGAUGGCACUCUAUUGUGUUGCAGGCCUUUGUGGAUCACAAUGUAUGCUUUACGGAUGUGUAUGUGGGUUGGCCUGGUCGAACUCAUGAUGCAAGAGUGCUAGCCAACUCUCCCAUAUACCAAAUGGCCAAGGCCCAGGAUGGGUAUUUGUUUCCUCGUGAGAAAUCUAUGGUGGUGAAUGGAGUGGAGGUUCCCAUCCAUCUUAUUGGAGAUGCGACAUACCCCCUUAAAAAAUGGCUAAUGAAAGGGUUCCCAAAUCACCAAAAUCUGACACUCAACCAGUCUCACUACAAUUUCUGCUUGAGUUCAGCUCGAAUGGUCGUAGAAAAUGCCUUCGGUCGCCUCAAAGGUCGCUGGAGAUGUUUACUGAAGCGCAAUGAUGUCGACAUAAAUAUCGUGUCUGAUAUAGUUGUAGCUUGUUACUGACCGAGAGAACAACAGAGUAACUUAUGACGUGCAAGCAGUUCGGAGGGCAUUGGCAACAUUGAUGAGUUAAAGGAAUAGUUAACCCAAAAACUAUUUACUCAACGUCAUGUAAUUGUAAACCUGCAUGAAGUUCUUCUUUCUACUUCUGUAGCAAGAAAAAUAUAUUAUGGAAGUCAAAGGUGCCCAACAGCUGUUUGGUUACCAACAUUAUUCAAAAUAGCUUACUUUGGUUCAGCAGAAGGAAGAACUUCAUGCAGGUUUACAAUUACAUGAGGGUGAGUAAAUGAUGAAUGAAAUAUAAAUAUGACUGUACAUUUUUCCAUUUGAUAACAACUUCCUUUUCAGGGGAAUUUCUUAAGGGGAC